AUGGCUUUCCGGCGUCCUCUGAUGCUGUCCUCGACAGCAUCGGCGCCUUUCCUCUCCGUGACGAGCAGAACCUCGCGACUGGCCGCCUCUCUCCCCCGAUUCACCACCACGUCCCUCCGGGCCUCCUCCUCCAGCUCGACCUCAGCCCUGGCUUACAAGGCCCUGCAUCGCCGGUCGCCUCUCCCUCUGCCCGUCUCCGAUGCCUCGCCGCAAUGGGACGCCCCCACGGCCGUUUCGUCCAUUCUCUACGAAACUCCCACCACGCCCACCAACCCUCCCAAGCGCCAUAUCCUGAACUGUCUGGUGCAGAACGAGCCCGGUGUGCUGUCCCGCGUGUCGGGCAUUCUCGCCGCCCGUGGCUUCAACAUCGACAGUCUCGUCGUCUGUAACACCGAGGUGGAGGAUCUGUCUCGCAUGACCAUCGUCUUGCAGGGUCAGGACGGUGUCGUCGAGCAGGCCCGUCGUCAGCUCGACGAUCUGGUCCCCGUCUGGGCCGUCCUCGAUUACACCGACUCGGCUCUGGUCCAGCGCGAGCUGCUCCUCGCCAAGGUCAGCAUCCUGGGUCCCGAGUUCUUCGAGGAACUGCUCCAGCACCACCGCGAGAUCACCACCCCCGGCGAUCCCACCGAAGGCCAGAAGGACAAGGCCGAGGGUCAGGUCGCGAAGCCCGAAUUCCACCCUCGCAACCUGCCCCACAGUCAGGCCUUGAGACACAAACACGAGCAUCUCGAUGCUAUCACUCGUCUGACUCACCAGUUUGGCGGCAAGGUUCUCGACAUCAGCACCAACAACUGCAUCGUUGAAGUCUCCGCCAAGCCCUCCCGUAUCGACUCCUUCAUGAAGCUCAUCGGCCCCUUCGGUGUCCUGGAGUCCACCCGGACCGGUCUGAUGGCUCUUCCCCGUUCUCCUCUCUUCGAGCCCAGCGAGGAGAUCGAGAAGGACGCCUCCGACGUCGUCGACGCCAGCACCCUUCCCCCCGGUUAA